UCCCGCGCCGGAAGCCUGGUCGGCGUGAGGGGAGUCGCGAUGGCGAGGCUGGAGGUGCUGCGCGGCGGGCGAUGCCUCCUCCGCCUCCUGGUCCGCCCGGGAGCGGCGGCGGCGGCGGGAGCAGGUCCAAGGGCCGCACUCCUACCCCGACCGGCCCCUCCGCUGCUGCCUCCAGGGCUGAGCUGGGUGUCCAGGAAGAGCUACAGCUCGCAAGCUGCUCAGAGUGACGAGGAGGCCCCUCCGCUGCACCGACUGACCAGCAACCCCGAGGCAGUCCCAGGUUCUGCCUCCAGGCAUGAGUUUCAAGCAGAGACCAAGGAGCUGCUGGAUAUCGUGGCCCGCUCUCUCUACUCGGAGAAGGAGGUGUUUAUCCGAGAGCUGAUCUCCAACUGCAGUGAUGCUUUAGAAAAAUUGCGCCACAAGCUGAUGUCCAAGGGGGAGAUCCUGCCAGAACUGGAAAUCCACCUUGAAACAGACUCCAAAGAAGGAACCAUCACCAUCCAGGACACAGGCAUCGGGAUGACCCAGGAGGAGCUAAUCUCUAAUCUUGGGACCAUCGCCAGGUCUGGCUCUAAGGCCUUCCUGGACACGUUGCGGAACCAGGCAGAAGCCGGCAGCAGGAUCAUUGGCCAGUUUGGAGUGGGCUUCUACUCGGCCUUCAUGGUGGCGGAUCGGGUGGAAGUUUUCUCACAGUCAGCAGAGCCAGGCAGCCCUGGGUAUUGUUGGCACUCGGAUGGUUCUGGGACAUUUGAGAUCUUGGAAGCCUCUGGAGUUCAAACAGGGACGAAAAUAAUUCUCCACCUCAAGGAAGACUGCAAGGAGUUUGCCAACGAGGAACGUGUCAAAGAGGUCAUCACAAAGUACAGCAACUUUGUUGGCUACCCCCUCUUCCUCAACGGUCGACGUGUCAACGCCAUGCAGGCCCUCUGGACCCUGGAGCCAAAGGACAUUGGGGACUGGCAGCACAAGGAGUUCUACCGCUUCAUCGCUCAGGCCUACGACGAGCCGCGCUACGUCCUGCAUUACAAGACAGACGCGCCUCUCAAUAUCCGCAGCAUCUUCUACGUCCCGGAGGCGAAACCCUCCAUGUUUGACGUCAGCCGGGAGCUGGGCUCCAGCGUCGCUCUCUACAGCCGCAAGGUCCUCAUCCUGACCAAAGCCGCAGACAUCUUGCCAAAAUGGCUCCGCUUCCUGAAAGGAGUCGUGGACAGCGAAGAUCUCCCUCUGAACCUCAGCCGGGAGCUGCUCCAGGAGAGCGCACUUGUCAGGAAGCUCCGGGGAGUCUUGCAGCAGAGGCUGAUCAAGUUCUUCAUUGAGCAGAGCAAGAAGGACCCUGAGAAGUAUGCCAAGUUCUUCGAGGACUACGGGCUCUUCAUGCGAGAAGGGAUUGUCACAAUCGCCGAGCAGGAUGUCAAGGAAGACAUAGCCAAGCUGCUUCGCUACGAGUCCUCGGCGCUGCCCGCUGGCCAGCUGACCAGCCUCUCGGACUAUGCCGGCCGCAUGCAGGCCGGCAGCCGGAACAUCUACUACCUGUGCUCUCCCAACCGCCACCUGGCCGAGCACUCGCCCUACUACGAAGCCAUGAAGAAGAAGGACGUGGAGGUGCUCUUCUGCUACGAGCAGUUUGACGAACUGACCCUCCUGCACCUCCGGGAGUUUGACAAGAAGAAGCUGAUGUCUGUGGAGACGGAUAUCGUCGUCGACCACUACAAGGAGGAGAAGUUUGAGGAGAAGCACCCAGCAGAAGAGUCUCUGAGCGCCUCGGUUGCAGAGGAGCUCCUGGCCUGGAUGAGGAAUGCACUUGGCCCACGGGUUGCUGCCAUCAAGGUGACUCCCCGCCUGGAGUUGCACCCGGCCAUGAUCACGGUGCUGGAGAUGGGUGCUGCCCGCCACUUCCUCCGGAUGCAGCAGCUGGCCAAGAACGAGGAGCGAGCCCAGAUCCUUCAGCCCACGCUGGAGAUCAAUACCGGGCAUGCUCUGAUCAAGAAGCUCAACCAGCUCCGCUCCAGCCAGCCUGAUCUGGCCCAUAUGCUGCUUGACCAGAUCUACGACAACGCCAUGAUAGCAGCAGGCCUGAACGAUGACCCACGGCCGAUGGUGAACCGGCUGAACGAGCUCCUUGCCAAAGCCCUGGAGAAGCACUGAGUCUCCUGCCUGGAGCAGAGCUGGGACAGUCCUGCCUGUCUUCAGAGGGGUGCUGGGCCUGGCUUGCCUGCUCUUUUGGCAAGCUCUUGGCCUGGGCUCCCACAUCCGGAUCUUGGCCCGUGGAAAGAGCAGAGGGGCCAGUGUUGAGCCACCGGAGCCUUGUCCUUUAUUCA